AUGAGACCAAAAGUGCUAAACGACCAAUUGGUCCCGUCUUCACUUUCCAACAUUUCCAAUCUUGCAACUUUGGAUUUAGCCUUUAAUGCUUUAGAGGGAAAGAUUCCAAAAGACAUUGGAAAUCUUAAAAAUUUAAGGGUUUUGAACCUGGAAAGUAAUGAUCUUACAGGUUAUGUUCCUCUAUCCUUCUCAAAUGCCACAAAGCUGGAAACGUUGAUUCUUUCUAAAAAUUUCCUUCAUGGAAGCAUCCCAAAUGGGAUUGGUGAUCUUCACAACCUGAACUGGUUAGGUAUGGAAGGUAAUCAGCUUACAGGUUCUAUGCCAUUCUCAAUUUUCAACAUUUCCACACUGGAGUCUAUUGGACUUACUGAAAAUAGUUUAUCUGGUAAUCUCCCUACUGAUUUAUGUGAUCUUCUUUCGAUACUCGAAGGGCUUCAUCUUUCUUCUAAUAAGCUACAAGGUCAUAUGCCACCAAGCUUUUCAGGAUGUUACGAACUUCAGAUAUUGUCUCUGUCAGAUAAUGAAUUUGAUGGACCGAUACAUAGUGAAAUUGGGAAGUUAACUAACUUGCAGAUCUUAUAUCUUGGAUCUACCCAUUUCACAGGAGAAAUUCCACAGGAGAUAGGGGAUCUUGUUAAUUUGGUGAUGAUAGGCAUGGAGAAAAACCAUCUUACAGGUUCUAUACCCAAGUCCAUGUUCAAUAUAACCUCACUGCAACUUCUAUCGCUGGAGAACAACAAUCUAACUAGAUCACUACCAAGGGAGCUUAGAAAUUUAACUAUGCUUCAAGAUCUACUUCUUGGUGGAAACAAGCUUACUGGUGAAAUACCGAAAGAGGUAAGCAAUCUCAUUGAGUUCGAGGAGUGUGAUCUAGAGGUUAACAGAUUCAGUGGUUCGUUUCCAAUAGGGAUUUUCAACAUCUCAGGAUUGAAAUUGAUUGAUCAUACACUUAGUACUUUAUCGGGAACUCUCCCAUCGAAUAUAGGUUCGACACUUCCCAAUAUUGAACUUCUUUGUCUUGGUGGCCUAACUAAUCUUGCUGGGAGUAUACCUCAUUCCCUCUCUAAUUGUUCAAAACUUAAAACUCUAGACCUUGCUUUGAACAAACUCUCUGGCUAUAUUCCCGACUCUCUUGGAGAUUUGAAAUCUAAGGAGCUUAGUCUUUCCUAUAACCCCCUAAAUGGUAUGCUUCCAGCCUCAGUUGGAAACCUUUCCACUUCUCUUGAAAAGGUUUUAGCUUCUGAUUGCCAAAUCAAAGGUGGAAUUCCAAGAGAAAUUGGGAAUUUAAGCAGCUUAAUCUUCUUGUAUCUAUACAAGAACAUCUUGACUGGACCAAUUCCCAUGAAACUAGGCAACUUAAGCAGGCUACAAAUACUGUCCCUGGCCAAGAAUAAGCUAACAGGAUCUGUUGGAGAUAACCUAUGUAAAUUGCAGAACUUGGGUGAAAAUCAGUUCUCAGGGCUUGUUCCUAAAUGUUUAGGGAAUGUUACUUCCCUUAGGGUGAUACAACUCAAUUUUAACAGAUUGAGUUCUACUAUACUAGCAAGCUUAGGUCACCUCAAAGAUAUUUUGGAGCUCGACUUAUCGUCUAACAACAUGAGUGGUUCUUUACCUACAGAAAUUGGAAAUAUAAAGGCUGCAUUUGCAUGGUGA